AUGGGGGAAUUGAAUAAAACAAAGAUUUUGGAUUAUUUUGAAAAGUUAAUUAAAUUGGAAAAUAUUUAUGAAAAUAAAGAAAUCGAACUAUGUUAUGAACAUUUAAAUAAAGAAGAAUUAGUUGAAAAAGGAAUUUUAUUAAAUAAUUUGACGAUUAAAGAUGUUACAAAACAUUAUGGAGGGAAUAAUAAUUCUUAUAUUUUAAAAUUAGUAAAAAAAAAAAAAAAUAUGGACACUAAUGAUUUAAGUGAUGAUGAAAAUUUAGAAAAUUUUAAUCAUAAUUUAUUUAGUAAAGGAAGUGUAAUACAUUUUUCAAAAAAAAGAAAAAAAUAUAAAAUUGAUAAUGAUAAAAAUGUGAGUAAUAGUUUAACAAUGAGUGAUAAUAUAGGUAUAUAUACAUGUACAGUUAAUAAAAUAAAAAAAAAUAAAAUAAAUAUUUUAAUAAAUAAUAUAGAUAUGUUAUGUAAAGAACUUAAUAUUUCAAAUCCUUAUAUGCUAUCUGAAAAAUCAUAUUUUGAUAUUUGUUUAAUUAAUAGUGAAAUAUCCACAAAUAGACAAAUUCAAGCUAUUCAAUUGAUCAAAAAAUCGUUGGAAAAUCCAACUGACAUAUUAAAAAUUCUCUUUUUAGAUCAAAUACCGACUCAAAACCUUUUUCUAAAAAAAAUUUUGCCUCUUUUUUCUGAACAAAACCAAGAUGAAAUUAAUCAGACAAAUUCCAACUCAUUGACUAAUCACGAAUCAGGUAUAAAUAUAUCAGAUUAUAUUUACAAAUGUAAUAAAAUAAAUUGGGGAAAUCAAAACUUAAAUUGGAGCCAAAAAAAAGCAGUAUAUCAUUGUCUAUAUUCUGAUAAUAUUUUUUGUGUACAUGGGCCACCUGGAACUGGGAAAACAACCGUUUUAUGUGAAAUUAUAUUUCAAUUAAUAAAAAAUAAAAAUUGUAAAAUUUUAGUAACUGGGCCUAGUAAUGUAUCAGUGGAUAAUAUACUAGAAAAAUGUGUAAAUAUGAAUAUAAAAAAUGUUUUUCGUAUAGGGUUAAAAAGUAAAAUAAAAAAAAUAUUGUGGAAGUAUAGUUAUGAUGAAAAAAUAAAAGAAUGUGAUAGUUAUAAAAUGUGCGCAGAUAUAGAUAAUGAUAUUGAAAAAUUAAAAUCUGAAAUUUUAAAAUUAAAAAAAAAAAAAAAAAAUGAAAAAGGAAAUUUUGAUAAAAGAAGUAUAAUGAACUUAAAAUAUGAAAUAAAAAUAUUAAAUAAAAGUAAAAAAAAAAAAAAAAAUAUAUUCUUUAAAGAGUUAAUAGAAAAAAACAAUGUUGUAUUUUCAACAUGUUCUAGUAGUUCUAAUUAUGAAUUAAAUAAGUUUGUCAAAAUGUCAAAUUUUUUAUUUGAUGUUGUAUGUAUAGAUGAAUGCUGUCAAUGUACUGAGCCCUUGUGUUAUAUACCAAUUUCUUUGGCAAAAAAAAAUGUCUUUUUAUUUGGAGAUCAUAAGCAAUUAUCUCCAUUAAUUAAAUAUAACAAAAACAAUAAUAAAUUAAAUAUUACAAUGUUUGAACGUUUGGUAAAUAAAUAUAAAGAAAAUAUAUCAUUUUUGCUAAAUAUACAAUAUAGGAUGAAUCAUAACAUUUUAAUUUGGUCAAACAAAAUUUUUUAUGAAAAUAAGUUAAAUUCACACAAAUCAUGCAAAAAUAUAAAAGUUGAUGAUAUUGUAGGAAAUAAGAGUAACGAAUUGAAAAAUGGUGAAUAUGAACAAGGGGUAAAAAACAAAAAAAAUCAAAAAAACAAAAAAAAAGGAAAAAAUUUUAAUUCUAUUGAUAAUAAAAAGGAAGCUAAUUCAUGUAAUGAACAAAAUGAAAUAAAUUCAGAACAAGUUGAAAUAAAAAAAUAUAAAUAUUAUCCUAUUACUUGGAUAGAGACAGAUGGUUUUGAUGAAUUUUUAGAUGAUACAAAAAAUGAAGACAUGAUAAAUUUUGAAAUGAAAGAAAAGAAAAGUCACCAAAUAAAAAGUAUCGAUAAUGAUGAAUCCAGCAAAAAAAAAAAUGAUAAAACAAUUAUGAAGAAUUAUAAUAGCAAACGAGGGAUAGGAAACGGGGAUGAAUCAAAAAAAAGAGAAGAUAAUUUAGAGGGAAUAAAAAUAAAAAUACAGAUUGGAAAUAAUGAUCAAUAUAAUGUUAUUGAUAAAGAUAGUGAAGAAGAUAAAUUAUGCAAAUUAAACGAUGAAGAAUUAAAUAAUAUUGUAAAAAUAAAUAUUGAUGAAAUUAUAAAUUUAAGUAAUAAAUCUAGAGGUAAUAUUGGAGAAGCUUAUUUUAUUUAUAAAUUAAUCGAAUUUAUGAUUAAAAUAGAUAAAAUAGAUGCAAAUGAUAUAUGCAUUAUAACACCGUAUUCUAAACAAAUGAAUAUUUUAAGGAGUAUGCUUCAUGAUAAUUUUUUUAAUAAUAAAAAUUAUAUUAACGAAUAUAAAAAAAUAGAAAUAUCUACAGUUGAUUCAUUUCAGGGAAGAGAAAAAGAAAUUGUUAUUUUUUCAUUAGUUUGUUCAAAUUAUUUUAAAAAUAUAGGAUUUCUAAAAGACUAUAGAAGAUUAAAUGUAGCAAUUACUAGAGCUAAAAGGCAUAUAGUUAUUGUUGGGAAUUCAAACACUAUUUCCAAUGAUGAUGUUUUAAAUGAAUUAUAUGAAACUGUUUUAAAUUAUGGGAAAGUAUAUCUUGUCAAUGAACUAAUAGAUGUAGAAUCGAUGAUCUAUUCCUGUACAUUCUAA